AUGUUAGAUUUGGAUUCUACUUCAGAAAAACUUUUACGGGAUCCGGAGUUUCUCUUAAGACUUCAUGCCAAAAUUGUAAAAUAUUUAGCAACAGGCACGUCUGAUGUCGACAAAUGGCGUAUUUCGGCCCUAUUCGAAUCCGUUGAUAGUCGGUAUAAGGAGCCGGGUCGCGAGCAUCUUGACAUGCACUCAAUGCAGACACUCCUGCGCCCCAUUUUCCCUGUCUUCGCAGUAUCGGAUAUGGAGCUGAGGAUACUGUUGCACAUGUUGCCCUUAGCGGAGGGCGAUGGUGUGGAUGGAGGACCAAAAAGUACAAUAGAUCCGGUUGAAGUUUUUUUUGAGCUUCGUCAGCUCAUCCCGAGGGCGGCGUGGCAGGUGCAGUUUUUGGUUCGCAAGGCUCGAUCUGUGAUAUUUAGUAGUAAAGAUGUAAGUAGGUUUGAACAGCAGGUACGCGAAGCGGCGCAUACUCAAUCAAUUCAACUAGUAAACCCAGAGCUGGCUAGGAAAUUUCUGACCGAUUCGUGUGGAUUUAGUGCAUCCGAGGCACUUUUCUUGUUGAGGUACUGCGUAGAGCCUGAUACAGGUGAGGGAUUGGAUGCCCCCUUACUUCAUGGUUUUCUCUUUUCUGUUCAGAUUCCCUCUACAAUAGAAUAUCCCAUCUUGGCGGCACAGGUUGCAGAGGCCACCAAGGAGCCAGCAAAAGGCAGUGCAACAGGAUCCAUCGCUCUUAUUCAAGCACUGCGCAAUGCACUACCUAAACGAAGCGCUGUAGAGUGUGGUGAUGGUAGCAUGUCUACAGGUGACUUGGACUUCGCACACUUAUCGGGAGGACUCAUAAGCCAGGAGUUUUACGAGGUAUGCCAGAGCAUUGGAGUCGGCUUCUCACGAGAGCAGUCCGAUCGUCUAUAUCACUAUUUAAAGGAUGUGCACGCUCCAUCGCUGAGUGUGCGUCAGGUGGUUCGGAUGUUUCGGCAGUACUUCCCUGCAGUCAACAGUUCCAUGCUCUAUAUUAUCAAGGGAGCUGUGACCCAAUAUAUAUUACGGGCAGCAAAUGGAAACGUGCUAUGUUUCACACAGCUGUACGCGCGCCUCCAAGAGUGGGGCGUUCAGCCAGUACCGAUCGAGGCGUACGUACGGGCUCUGCGCGAGAGUGGCGUACCCGAAACUGUCACCGAUCUGAAUCUGGAAUGGCUGCGGCUGAAAGCCCCCACGCGUGUGGAUUUAAUAUUUGUUCUAUGUGUUCCGUUGCCUCCCAGCCGCGAGGCUAUUAUACGAAAGCUUUUUGAGAGGCUCAGUACCCACCGAGGUGGUCUGAGUGUGCUCGCGAGUGACAUGACUAGUCGUUUUCAGACAAGCAAGAUUGAAAGUAGCACAUUGAGACGUGCUGCGGAGAAUUGCAAGAAGGCUUUAGAAGAAUACUUAGAUGAGCUCGAUGAAGCUUCACUAAGCUAUGAGCUCUUUGCUUACUUUUGGUACAUGAUUUCUGCCGCUGUUGAUGAUGAUCCAACGUAUACCAUGCUCAUAUGGCAUAGUUUUAGCCUUGCAGAUCGGACCAGUAAGCGUGUUUAA